AUGGCCCUCCCAACAUUCACCCGCCUGAACGAAAUCGUUCAGAUCCACCACGGCGAGCCCUCCUCGUCCUCGACGACGAUCACAGAGCGCACGACGAAGAAGAACCAGCAAACAAUCCCCCCCGAGACCGUCCUCCUGCUCACCUGGGGCGACGCCCAGCUGCGACACAUCGAGAAGUACACGCGGCUGUACCAGGCCUCGUGGCCGGGGAGCACGAUCGUGCUGGUGCGGAGCGGGAUGAAAGAUUUCUUCUGGCGCAGGGAGACGACCAGUCGGGCGCUCAUCCAGCCCGUGGUCGAGAUCCUGGCCGGGAUGAUCCGCCCGGCGGGCGAAGACGAAGGCGAUGGUCAUGGGCAGGGGGCGCUCUUCGUGCACGUCAUGUCCAACGCCGGCGCGCGGCAGUGGUGCACCAUCGCCUCGGCCCUCGCGCGGUCGACGGGGGCGGAUCUGGCGGACGCGCCGACGCUGGUGGACAGCGCGCCGGGCAGGGCGGGCUGGAGGCAGACGUGGGCGGCGGUCGUGGCGAGUCUGCCGAAGGGCUCUUUCCUGCUGCGGAUGGCGCUGAGGGCGGUCCUGGGGUUGGUGUUGGCUGGGGUCUUCGCGCGGAAGUGGUUGUGGCCGUGGGGCGCGAGCGAUCCGUUGGAGGAGCUGAGGGGGAGGAUGAAUCUGCCUCCUCCUCCUCCUCCUCCUCCCCCUCCUGCUGCUGCCGCGUCGGCGCAGGGUGUGAGGAGCAGCAGGAGCAGCAGGGGGAGGAGGAGGACGUAUGUCUAUUCGCGGGAGGACGAGAUGAUCGGGUGGAGGGACGUCGAGGAGCAUGCGGGGGAGGCGGCGGGGGAGGGGGGUUUCACGGUGGAGCUGGUGAGGUUCGAGGGGAGCGCGCACGUCGGGCACUUGAGGCGCGAUCCGGAGAGGUAUUGGAGGACGAUCGAGGGGGUCUGGUUCGGGACGGCAUGA